AUGGCGGAAUCAGCCGGACGCAGGAAACGACCAGUGCCGCCCAGCACCCAGGCCAUGUCCUAUCCCAGGAAACGCGCCGUGACGGCCUGCCAACUCUGCCGACGCCAAAAAACCAAAUGUGACAAUGUUCGCCCCACGUGCGGCUUCUGCGCGAACAUCGGCGCGUCAUGCGUCUACCAAGCCCCGGAAACGGAUUAUUCCUCAUUCGACCCCGCCGCAUUGGCCUUGCUCGAAAAGAUGGACUACAUGAUCUCGCUGUUUGGGAAGGGUAAACCGGCUCCGCUAGAAAAUUCCAGCGUACCGGUCAGAAGUCACCGCAGUCAGAGUAGCGCCGUCUGGCCGCGGACGGCCAACGCAGAGUCACGAGAAAUCCCGUCACGGUAUAAUAUCCCUGGUCAAAUCCUGGAAUGGCCGAUUUCGAAGAGAUCCAAUUAG